ACGCAAGUGAAGUCAUUAAGAGGAAGGAUACUGUAAAGUGAGACAAACAGAAAUUCCACCAGCCUCCAGAUAUCGUUAUGUGUCAUAACUCUGCCAAGGUCUGUGAGCUUUAGCUUUAGAUUGGCUCAGCAGCUUCCAGGGGAACCAGCUCAAGGCUUUGCUCUGCACCAGGCUGAAGAUGACUGACUGUGAGUUUGGAUACAUUUACAAGCUGGUCCAGGACUAUCUGAAGUACGUCCUGCAGAUACCACAACCUGCAGCUGGUUCAAGCAAAACGUCCAGAGUGUUACAAAAUGUGGCUUUCUCAGUUCAAAAAGAAGUUGAAAAGAAUUUGAAACCCUGCUUGGACAAUUUUGUUGUCAUCUCCAUUGAUACCGCCCAAACAAUAUUCAAGCAAGUGAUGGAAAAGGAAUUUGAAGAUGGCAUCAUUAACUGGGGAAGAAUUGUGACCAUAUUUGCAUUUGGAGGUAUUCUCAUCAAGAAACUUCUAAGGGAGCGAAUUGCCCCAGAUGUGGAUACUUACAAGAAGAUUUCUUCUUUUGUUGCUGAGUUCAUAGUGGAUAACACAGCAGAGUGGAUAAGGCAAAACGGAGGCUGGGAAAAUGGCUUUGUGAAGAAGUUUGAACCUAGGUCUGGCUGGCUGACUUUUCUGGAAGUUACAGGAAAGAUUUGUGAAAUGUUAUUUCUCCUGAAGCAAUACUAUUGACUGAAAAGCACACUCCAUGUUGUGAAACCUGCCUAAUUUUCCUGACUCUUGCAAGAACUAUUGCCAACACUUAUAAAUAAACAAUUUGAUGAUGUAACUUGACUUCCCAGAGUUAUGGAGAUUUUGUAUAAUUUUCAAUUUUAACAAUAAACUAUGUGUUUGUCUCUCUAUAUAAUUUGUGUCCUACUUUUUUGGCUCUGCCUGGAAGUCCAACAAAAGGGUAAAGCAAAAUACAGGAGUUAGGUAUUGAAUUAAGGGGAUAAUGACCAAUCUUUAGGUCAGCAAAUUUGGUUCCAAUAUGGGAACACUGUAUCUUGUUCUUGACCUCUCACCCUUCCUUUUCUUCCCACAAUGUAACUCCGUGGGGCUUGGAUUAAAGUUGUUGAUGGAUCUAAUAAAAAAAAAAACAGAGCCCCUCCCUCUCAGUCAUGCAUAUUAUCACAGCAGAUUUGUUAAUUAAUGCUUUACCUCUGAGGUAUGUGUAUUAACGACAGGAAUUAGGACACUUGGACAAGUCAGUAGGGAAAUAUUUUUGGUACAGUUAGCUUUGGCAUACUUCUCAAAUCCCAUCUGAGAGACAACUACGUAUGCCACCUGAGGUUUGCGUCUAUUAAGGGCAGGGUAGGAUUCAACAUUUUCUUUUACCUCUUGCUGCCAUGUAUCCCCCUUCUCCCCCCACACCCUAAGUUUUAAUUCAUUUUUGCUUUAAUCAGAGCUAAGUGGUGAGAAUGAAUAGUCAUGAAUGGACAUAACAGGAAGCAUGUAUACAGGUAUUGCUACCUGGAAUACAUUUAUACAAGAAACCUCAAAGCAAGGCAUUUGCUCUAGAAUGACCUCUUAACAAAGUGACAUUGAGAAAUCAGUGACUAUUUUUGGUUUGGUCUAUGACCUGGACUUUCAAACUGUAGUUUGCUAUGUGUUCUGUUUAUUACUUAGAAAAAAAAAAGGCUUUUAUGAACCUCAACUUUUACCUCAUGCCAUAUACAAACAUUAACUUGAAACACAUCUAAAUGUAAAUGAAAACUGUAAAACUUCUGGAAGAAAGCAUGAGAGAAAAUCUUCACAAUUUUGGGGUAGGCAAAGAUUUCUUAGAUAGAACACAAAAAGUUCGAAUCACACACGCGCACAUACACACAAAUGAUAAUUUGAACCUUAUCAAAAUUUUAAAAUUCCACUCUCAAAAAGACACUGUAAAGAAUUCGAAAGGGGCCAUAUAAAUUAUACCUCAAUAAAACUGUUAAAAAAAAAAAAAAGGCAA